AUGGCUCCAAAAGAAUCAGACUGGGUUCAAGAGGCUCAAGAGCGAGUUACCCAUAAAAUUACUCAUGCUAGUUUUCCGCAAUUAAAAUAUCCUUCUUUAAGAGAUGAAGGUUUUAGAGAUCCCAUACAAUGGCUCACUGGUAAAGCCAUUGAUGAUGGCGCAGAAGGAUUAUGGCGUGUUCAUGACAAGUUAUACGAUUUCACAAGUUUUAUAAAAAAACAUCCCGGUGGCGAAGAAUGGUUAGAGUUAACUCAGGGAACUGAUAUAACAGAAGCGUUUGAGUCCCACCAUAUAAACCCAUCUACGGAGAAAAUCCUAAGUAAAUUUUACAUCAGGGAUGCGAAAACUCCACGAAAUUCUCCGUUUACAUUCCAUCCAAACGGUUUUUAUAAAACAUUGAAAAGGGCAGUUUACGAAGAGCUAAAGAAAAUUCCAAAAGACGCGUCUAUCACUGCUGACAGAAUAACAGAUGGACUAUUGGCGACAGUUUUAUGUAGUUGCUCUUUAGCUUGUUGGUUUGAAAAUUAUUGGAUAUCAGCACUUUGGUACUUUAUUGCUUCUAUAUCUCUGGCAUUUCUAACGGUAACAUGCCACAACUUUAUACAUAGAAAAACAAACUGGAGAAUGUAUCUUUUCAAUAUGUCCAUGUGGUCCUAUAGAGAUUUCAGAGUUUCUCAUGUACUUUCACAUCAUCUAUAUACAAAUACUCUAAUGGACUUGGAACUUAGCUCCUUAGAACCAAUCCUAGUCUUUAACCCGAGGAGAGACAAGCCAUUGCUCGCUAGAUUUGGAUUUAUUACUGAGAUGUUUUACUUUCCCUUCACGUUUUUAUUUACUUUUAUUAAAAGAUUUCUAAGCAUAUUUAUCCGCAAAGGGUUUUUCAAGGCGCAUUACCGUUGGCACGACGCCAUUGGCUUUCUGCUACCGAUUUGUAUGUGGUUGACAAGUGGCAGCUCUUUCGUCCAUGUUCUUUACACAUGGUUCCGAAUCAAUUGUACUGCUAGCCUAAUAUUUUUCCUCAUCGCAGUGAAUGCUGCUCAUCACCAUCCAGAUGCUUUUAAAGAUGGUGAUCAACCAAGGAAUUUAACUCUGGACUGGGGAGAACAUCAAGUUGAAGCCUUACUCGACCGAAAGGAUGUGAAUGGCAACACAUUUGCUGUUAUGACUCUAUUCGGCGACCAUGCAUUACAUCAUAUGUUCCCGACCCUGGAUCACUCUAUCCUAAAAUAUCUUCAUCCAAUUUUCAUACAGUUAUGUGAAAAAUAUCAGGCAAACUACAGAGUAUCAACGCAAUUCGAAUUAGUUCUCGGUCAAAUAAGAGAAAAUUUGCGAACCGAAUUCAAAACAAUAAAU